AUGGCCCAGAAGAGAAAGGCACCAAAAGAGGUGGCUUCUCCGGCCAAACGUCUUCAGAAGUCCUCACUAGACAAUGAUGACCCGAUUUUCGAAGAAAACUACUCUGACGCCGAGUACUCGAGACCAGGAACUCCAAGUGUGAUGAGUAAUGAGAUGAAUGAGACUCCAGCAACACCAUUCUCCACCACCUCCGUACGAUACCCAUCAGAGCUCAAAACACACUACUGUCCUUUCGAGGGCUGCAAUAAAGCAUUCAAUCGCCCCGCUCGACUACAGGAACAUAUUCGUUCUCACAAUAAUGAAAGGCUCUAUCCAUGUACAGCUGAAGGAUGUGACAAGACUUUCCUCCGUGCCUCUCAUCUUGCGCACCAUGUGAAGAGUGCUCAUACUCAAGUCCGCGACUACGUUUGCGAUCGACCAAACUGCGGCAAGAGCUUUGUCACUGGCUCACGACUGCGUCGCCAUUUAGCUGCACAUGAUGGGCGGGACAAGUACCGCUGUACAGAAUAUCCACCUUGCGACGAGACCUUCCGGAAGCAUACGACCCUGCAGAAGCACAUUACUAUGGUUCAUUUGAAGCAAAAGCCGUUUCCCUGUACCCACGUCGACGAGGCAACGGGAGAGAAUUGCAAGAUGGCUUUUGAGACCGCAGGCCAUCUUCGAGCUCACGAGAGUCGCAUUCAUACUGAGAAGCGAUUUAGCUGUGCAGAAUGCUCAGAGCAUUUCCGGGAACAGUCAGCAAUUAUCGAUACCGCUGAAAGCAAAGCCGUCGAACAGUCCGUCGCCUUCCCUACAUAUGCUCUUCUCCAAGAACAUAUUCGAGUCGUACACCCUCCCCAAUGUCCUCAUUGUCCAAUUGUUUGCUCAACGUCUCGGGAAUUACGACGCCAUCUAGAAGUCGCCCACGGCGACGUCACCCUCGAAGACCGAAAGAUAUUCGACUGCACAUUUCCCGGGUGCAACCGCAGCUUCACCAAAAAGGGCAACCUAAAUGUCCAUAUCCGCACUGUCCAUGAAGGUGAAAAGCGAUUUGUCUGCGGCGAAAUUGACCUGUCCGGCUCAAAAAAGGUGGAAGGAUGGAACGGCGAUGGCUGCGGCAAGCGCUACGGUAGUAAACUCGCGCUCGAAGAACACAUUCGCACCGUACAUUUAGGAUAUUUGACUUCCAAAGCUGAGCGACGCGAGCGACUUGGGCUGGACAAGAAGUCUUUGCAAAGCUCGACGCCUGGUCAUCAUGUCUCCACACUCACGGCCCUGACUGGUCAGGGCUAUGCAGAGGAGACUGGGCGCCAUAUUGCCUGCUUCUAUGAUUCGUGCCAGCACCGAUUCCACCGCGACUAUGAUCUGUGGGUACAUAUGACCUCCAAGCAUGGCUGCACCGAAGACGAAGUACAAGGUCUUUUUAUGCAGCGCGCUCUACUCGCUGAUCAGACCGGAACCGGAGGGAAUGCGCUCGGCAUCUAUGGUCUUGAAUUUGGUCAUUUUGACACCGCCUUUCCUCAUGAAAACAAGAGCGAAGACGAGGCAAACACGAGCAAUUUCGCGGUCGAUAGUUCUGCUGCGCUACCGCCCAAUGACUUCUCUGCUUUCCCUGGACACACCGACCUGGAUUCCGAUUUUUUGAUGCAAGAUUCGUUGGCUGCGGAAUCGACUGGUGAUAUUGUCUCCAUGGUACCUGGCCACAAUGAGAUGGCCAUGAUCGAUCCCGUUCUGGCAUACCAUUUGAUGGAGGAAUGA